GGCAGAGCCUGGCAACUACUCGUAUAGCUGCAGCGCGGGAGCCAUGGCCCGGACGGCGGCGGUCGCCGUGGCCGUCCUCGGCCCGCUCCUCUGGGGCUGCGGACUGGCGCUGCAGGGCGGGAUGCUGUACCCCCGGGAGAGCCCGUCGCGGGAGCGCAAGGAGCUCGGCGGCCUUUGGAGCUUCCGAGCGGACUUCUCUGACAGCCGGCGCCAGGGCUUCGAGGAGCAGUGGUACCAGCGGCCGCUGCGGGAGUUGGGCCCUACCCUGGACAUGCCCGUGCCCUCCAGCUUCAAUGACGUGACCCAGGACAGGUGGCUGCGUGGCUUCAUCGGCUGGGUGUGGUACGAACGGGAGGCAGCCCUGCCCCAGCGAUGGACCCAGGACCUGCGCACAAGAGUGGUUCUGAGGAUUGGCAGUGCCCACUACUACGCCAUUGUGUGGGUGAAUGGGGUCCACGUGGCAGAGCACGAAGGGGGCCACCUCCCCUUCGAGGUUGACAUCAGCAAGCUGGUGCAGGUUGGCCCCCUCGAGUCCUGCCGAAUCACCAUCGCAAUCAACAACACGCUCACCCCCAACACCUUGCCACCAGGCACCAUCCUCUACAAGACUGACACCUCCAAGUACCCCAAGGGCUACUUUGUCCAGGACACUAACUUUGACUUCUUCAACUAUGCCGGACUCCAUCGGCCUGUGCUUCUCUACACCACGCCCACCACUUACAUCGAUGACAUCACUGUCACCACCGGCGUGGACCAAGACAAUGGGCUGGUGAAUUACCAGGCUUCUGUCCAGGGCAGUGCACGCUUCGAGCUGGCAGUGCGUCUUCUGGAUGCGGAAGGCCAAGUUGUGGCCCACCACACGGGGGCCCAGGGCCAGCUGCAGGUGCCCAGCGCCCACCUCUGGUGGCCGUACCUGAUGCACAGCUACCCUGCCUACCUGUACUCACUGGAGGUGCGGCUGACUGCACAGACGGCAGCUGGGCCUGUAUCUGACUUCUAUACCCUGCCCGUGGGGAUUCGCACUGUGGCUGUCACAAAUAGCCAGUUCCUCAUCAACGGGAAGCCAUUCUAUUUCCACGGGGUCAACAAGCACGAGGAUGCCGACAUCCGAGGGAAGGGCUUUGACUGGCCACUGCUGGUGAAGGACUUCAACCUGCUACGCUGGCUCGGUGCUAACGCCUUCCGCACCAGCCACUACCCGUACGCAGAGGAGGUGAUGCAGCUCUGUGACCGCUACGGCAUCGUGGUCAUCGACGAGAGCCCCGGCGUGGGCAUCGUGCUGGCCGAGAGCUUCGGCAACGUGUCUCUGCACCACCACCUGGAGGUGAUGGAGGAGCUAGUGCGCAGGGACAAGAACCAUCCAGCUGUUGUGAUGUGGUCUGUGGCCAACGAGCCUGCUUCCUUCCUGAAGCCUGCUGGUUACUACUUCAAGACGCUGAUUGCCCACACCAAGGCCUUGGACCCCUACCGGCCCGUGACCUAUGUGACCAACUCCAACUAUGCCGUCGACCUGGGGGCUCCGUACGUGGAUGUGAUCUGCGUGAACAGUUACUACUCCUGGUAUCACGACUAUGGGCACUUGGAAGUGAUCCCGCUGCAGCUGACCACCCAGUUUGAGCAGUGGUACAGCACCUACCAGAAGCCCAUUAUUCAGAGCGAGUAUGGAGCAGAAACGAUUGCAGGGUUUCACCAGGAUCCACCUCUUAUGUUCACUGAAGAGUACCAGAGACGUCUGCUGGAGCAGUAUCAUUUGGUUCUGGAUCAAAAGCGCAGAGAGUACGUGGUUGGAGAGCUUAUCUGGAACUUUGCUGACUUUAUGACCGACCAGUCACCGCAGAGAGCAAUGGGGAACAAAAAGGGGAUUUUCACUCGCCAGAGACAACCCAAAGGUGCAGCGUUUAUUUUGCGAGAGAGAUACUGGAGAAUUGCCAACGAAACCAAGCAUCUCCCUUCAGUGGUGAAGGCCCAGUGUUUGGGAAACAGCCUGUUUACUCUCUAAAGCAAGGACUACCUCUGCACGGCACAACCCGUACCUCUGUGGCUCUACCUGGCAGCGCCCUCUUCCCCGGUAACAGGCAGCUUCCACACGCGGAGCCGUGCCCCCGGAUAUGCACGGCAGGCGCCGGGAACUUUGGGGCCUGGGCUUUGUGGUAAUCUGCUAGAAGGGAAAGUGAGAAGUGAAAAUAAAGGCUUUUCUAGUAUAAGGAGUUGGCUUAAAAGUGACCAUCCAUACACUGAACGGUCUACAUGAUACAGUGCUGCCGAAAAGAAUGUGGAAUCAUUUUCAUGUAUCAGGCGUCUCACAGCCCUAACUGCUGACUGUUGAGAGGUGCUGCUUCAGGGCCCGCAGCUCAGAGUCACCGAUUACAGCAUGUGCUGUCGGUGCUCGCCCCCCAGUCCUAGUGCCACCAUGCUCACUCAUCAACCCAGGUCAGCUCAACCAAGUGAGAGUCAAAGACUGACACAGCCUGAUGAGCCCAAGUCCCACAUGCACUAACAAAUUUAUAGAAGUGAUACUGUGUUGGAGUAAUUAACAAGCUGUAUAACCAUGGGGUUGCCAUGAAUCAGAAUCAACUCAAUGGCAACCAACAACAACGUAUACAUGGGAGUUCCUGGGUUGUGCAAUUGGUUAAGUGAUUAAUUGCUAACUGAAAGGUUGCUGGUGCGAAUCCACGCAGAGGUGCCUUGGAAGAAACGCUUGGCAAUCUACUUCCCCCAAAUCAGCCAUUGAAAAUCCCAUGGAGUGCAGUUCUCUGACACACAUGGGGUUGCAUGAGUCAAAAUCAACUCGACAGCAGCUGGUUUGGGUUUUUUGGUUUAUGUUCACAUGGUUAAAAUGACAAGCAUAAGAAAAGUAAAAGUUGAAGACUGUCUCCGGGUACCCGUCCUUCCAGGACGUUGUUCUAACCCAGACAUUAAUCUUGAUGGAAUGGACAGAUGCGUGUAAAAGCCUGUCAGGUUUGUCACAACUGACUCCACGGAGCCCCACGAGGCCUUCCCACAGGCUGCGCCUACACACGAGUGCCCCACGCCUUUCACCUCCAGAGUGGCUCCAGCUCCCUUCUCCCUGAGAAUGGCCUUUCCUUAAGGAAGCAUUUCUUCUCUCUUCUUUCAUAGCAGGGGGCAUGAUUGCUAAGGUUUCAGCAUUUAUCAAUCCUGGUUGAAUGCUAAAUGCUUUGGGAAAAUACUCCUUUUUGUCUCCAAUCAAAUGGGAAUACAAUGAGCCAAUGCAAGUCGACACAACUCAGUUCCCUUUUGUGGUUGAUGACAAGCCUAGCAGACAUGCCUUUUUAGCCCUCCUUUCUAUGCUCUAUGAAAGGGUGAAGGUAAUGAAG